AUGGAUUCGGAGGAGGAUGAUUUCGGGGACCUUUAUGCCGGCCUCGAUGACCAGGUGAACGCCGAGAUCACUGCCAUCGGUGAAUCGCACUCGGCAAAGGAGUUCGAUUCUACGAGCGAGGAGUGCUGCGCGGAUGAACGAGCUGGUGAGGCGGUUGAGAGGCAGAUGGGUUGUCAUGCGGGCCGGGAUUUGGAUUUGGAGGCGGAUGAUAGUGAGAGUGAAGACGAACUCCACAUAGUUUUGAACGAAGAGGACGGUUCUAACUUACCGACCUCAGAGAGAUGUAACGGUGGGAUGGGAGUAGCAUGGUGUGAAGAAGAAGAGGAUGAGGACGAGGAUUUGUCUGGUUUUGAAAACUGUAUGUUGUGCAUAAACCUAGAUGGCCUAGUAGGUCCUGCUAUUUUGUCCUCUCCCAAGACACCGGAAACAAAUUCCAAGGCAACUACUGAGGCAGUUGUGACCAAACUACGCCACAAGAUUGAUGACACAGAGGAUCCUUCGAGUGCAAAUGGCUCUAAACAUAAAGCUGCAUCUCAUUCUGCUAUUCAAGCUAAUAACAAUUCAGGUUCUUCAGACUCUGACAGCCAUUAUAAAGCAUCCAAGGACUUGGAUUGUUCAAAGAAGAUGCAUAGUUUCGUGAAAAAAUUUCCUAUGAAUGCAGUCACCAGAUCACGAGAAUCAAGCAAAUCUUCUUGUUAUUAUUCAAAUGGUUCCAGAAGCAACAUUUUAAAGUCAAAGGAAAAAGAUUGGAAGUGUAACAGUGAUUGUCUUAACCUCUCUCCAAAUUAUUACAGAGAUCAUAUUGGAAGUAGACUUGACUGCAUGGUUGCUUCUGCGUCUUGUGAAGAAGCUUCUGUCCUGUCUUAUAGGACAAGCCAGAAUGGCAUUGAUACUUUUGGAGUGGGCAGUAGGACAAGGGAAGGGAAACAUGAUUCUGAUCUAGAUGUUGGGGGAUAUUCGUCUUUUGAUUAUGAAAGAAGAAAAUCAAGAAAUUAUAAGAGCAGAAUAUAUGCUGAAAAGCAUUUGAGUGUAAAAUCUUCUACCAGAGCAUCUCAGAGGAAGGGAAAUCAUGAUACCAAUCACAAGAGACACUUGGUGGCGGGAGAUUGUUCUCGUCCAAAAAGUGUUGCAUCAGAGGAGAAUGGAACAGCUUUUGAAGACCACUUUCAUAGAUGGUAUCAUGAUGAGAGAGAGAUAGUAAGUGAUGCUUGUGAGGAUUCUAAUGAAUCCAUUUUAAAAUAUAAUACAAUUUUCUUGGAAAAGGACCCAUUUUUAUGCCAUCAGAAGAGAAAAGUGGUUCAGGAUCAUUUUAGGAUCAAAGAUGGACGUGAUGUAAACACAAUUCAGCACAGAUAUAGAGAACAUAAUUUGCAUGUAGUGCAAAGAAGACCUGUAGCUAACUUUAUUAGGGAAGGGGGAAGCCUCUAUCACAAAUCUGAUGGACAUGUACCACUCCCUGCCACAGAAAUAAGAAACUCAAAAAGAAGAUACAAUGACACAAGCUCCUGUAGCGAGAUGGACAUAUCAAAUUGGUAUAUUGAACAUGAUGCAAUACCGCAUCAAAGAGAUCUGCAUGGUGCCAUUUCACCAAGAGAAUAUGUUGACCAGAAACAAUCUCUUGUUGUCAGAGAUAGACAUAGUAGAAAUAAGGGAUAUGGAAAUCAUUUUCCAAAUGGCAACUAUCAUGGCCAUUCAUCAUAUAAAAAUGAUAUCAAACUUUUCUCUAAUGAAUAUAGAAUGGAUGAAAGGGGUUUAUAUUCUGAUGAGAAUGUGGAGUUCGAGUUCAGUCCAUUGACUACGCGACAACUUUGUUCUAAUGAUGAAAUCUGGCUUGAGCAUCGAGAACAAGUUGGCUUGUCUACUAAUGAAGGAUCCUUUAAAUGCACAAAGAAUUCAAGAAAUGAGAAAAGUCAUGUUAACCAGUAUGCAACUAGUUACAGUGAUGAUGAUGUAUUGGUUAAUGAUAGAAAUAAAAUAUUUGCCGAAGAAUCUGCUGCACCUCUGUCAAAGGAAUAUAAUAGAUUUGUUUUGGACAAUUUUGAUAAGAGAAGACAUGAGCUGGGAACCUUAGAGCACCAGGAGGCUGUUAAUUUGCAUUUGAAUGGUUUGAAAAGAAAGCACCUUAGACAAGGCAAUCUAGAUACAAGUAAAACUGGGAGGCAGAGUAACACACAACAUCAAGGAGAUAAAAAGGCCAGGAGUUCCAGGCUUAGAAAAAGGGCUUGUCAGCAAGGGGUUGCUUCAUGUAUCUCAAAACUCAAAAGAAGUCAUCAACAUGCAGUUAGUUUGGAUGCAGUUAGAGACUUUGAUAGAGACAACCCAGAUGACCACACCAUGAAGAAAUGCCAGGACAAGAAAUCAAUCCCACAAAAUCAUGAAGAUGAUGAAAUCGAGGAGGGCCAGCUCAUUGAAGAACCUGAUGACCAAGUGGUUGGCUCAUCAACAAAGGAUCAAAUUCCCAUGGCAGUUAAACCUAUCUUGUCGGUUCAUUUAGAGGAGAAAAACAAACAAUCCAAAGAAUCCACCACAGAUAGUGACACCAGUGGGGGAUACUACAACAAGCGCAUACUGGAGACACUGGCAAAAAUGAAAAAACGUCUAAAGAGAUUCAAAGAACCAAUUGCUCCAAAACGAGUAGAGAGGUGUCUGAAGUUGCAGCAUGAUGUCGCAGCUGUAACAGAUGAAGUUAAGCAGCAAAGACCUGCCAGAAAACGGCGAUGGGGUCAGAGUGGACCACUAUAAAGGCCCGUAAACCCUUUUUUUUCGAAAGUUCUUAUAAUUCACUGCUCAAAUUAUCUGCUGAUGACAUUACAGGGUGAUCAGAGAUUGUGAGAACCAAGUGAAAGUGAAAGUUCCCCACCAAACAUCAUUGGAAAUACCUUGUUCCAACGUUUUUAAGGUUCACUAUCUUUGAAUAACUGUAUGAACGACUCUUUUUUUAGUUUAAUUUUGCUCAUAUCGAAUGGAAAUUUAGUGUGAUGUGCUUAUUAUGUUUCUGUAUAAAGAUUUGAAAUCGAGUGACUAUGAAAGUUGCAUCUGUUUAUUUUUCUCCUUUUAUGUAAACAAAUCUUUGACGAAAGGGCUUUAGCUUGGUCCAUUCUAAUGGCCAGAAUUGUGAGUUAGUGA